AUGAUAAAAGUUGAGAGAUCGCCCGGCUCUGUCAAAAUUGAAGAUGUCGAUUGUUUGGAAAGCGAAUUAAUGCCAAUGGGUGAGAAAGACCUUGUCAAACUUCAGUACGAAUCAAAACUAUCGCUAGCCCAGCGGCUUCGUCCAAAAUCACUAAAAGAUUAUAUCGGUCAACUACAGCUAGUGGGACCCGAUGGCUCGGUGGCUCACUAUUUCCAAGAUGACAAUAUCGACAAAAUCCGCUCGAUGAUUCUCUGGGGUCCACCAGGGGUUGGUAAGACCAGUCUUGCCAAAAUCAUAUUAAAUGAAUCAAGUUUGAAGGCAUAUGAAUUUUCUGCGGCCAUCGACUCAAUCAAUCAGAUAAAAUCAGUGGUAGAUAAAAUUGAUCGUCAUCGAGGGGCUUCCAAGAUCAUUUUAUUCGUUGACGAGAUCCAUCGUUUUAGCAGAGCACAACAGGACUAUUUGCUAGAUUUGCUAGACAGAAACCUUGUAAUUCUUAUCGGUGCCACCACGGAAAACCCAUCAUUCAAUAUUAUAAAGCCUCUCGUGUCACGAUGUAUAGUGUUGACGCUUUCGGCCCAUUCAGUUAGUCAAAUUAAACAGGUCCUUGAUCGGGGUGUCAUUGAACUUAAUAAGACCAGAAAAUACGUCCAGGAUUUUCCAGAAAUCGAUUUGGAUUCUUCGGCGUUGGAAUUUUUGGCAAAGAAAUCAAAUGGUGAUUUAAGAAACUCGUUGAAAUUGUUGGAAUUGUGUUUCUUGCUUCUUACCGAUUUCGACCCAAUAACGAAAAAAGUCAUUACCCAUGAGGGCUCUGUUACAGUGAGUAGCCAAAUGCUAAGAGAAAAACUCGACGCAUAUGGUGGUAAUCGGUCGCUAAUAAAUUACGAUGCGAAAGGAGAUAACCAUUAUGACACGAUUUCUGCAUAUCAUAAAGCGGUUCGUGGAAGCGAUGUGAAUGGAGCUUUAUAUUAUAUGAUGAGGAUGUUGAAAGGAGGGGAUGAUCCAUUGUAUGUUUGUCGAAGAAUCGUACGAAUUGCCAGUGAAGACAUUGGAGUUCGGGAUAAUAGCUGCCUUGUUUACUGUGCAAAUGUUUACGAGACCGUAUUGAGGUUGGGGAUGCCAAAAUGUUUAAAAUUGAUGGUAGAAUGUACUAUGAGGGUUGCGAAAUCGCUCAAGUCGGUUGAGAUUUAUAGGGCGUGGCAUUUGGCCAAGGACUUGGUAAAGAAGCAUCCAAAUAUCACUGUACCGUUCCAUUUGAGAGAUUCUCAAAGCAAAUUGUACAAUCGACUAACGGAUGGUGAAGAUGGCCAUGAAAAUAAUAAAUUUGUUUAUAAAUAUAACUUAGAUUACAAAGAUGGGCAGGUGAAUCAACAAUAUUUGCCAGACGAAUUAACUGAUGCUAGAGUAUUAUUAAAGAGGCAUUUAGGUACGAAAAUUGAUACUGAUUUCGAUCAACUUGAUGAUAACGACGAUAGUGAGGCAGAGUUUGCUGAUGAUGAUUUCUAUGGAAAGAAAAGGAAACUAAACCAAUAA